AUGGUAGGUACUCAGUCCCUCCGUCACCCCGUCUUCUCUCCUGGGGAGCCGAGACCUGCCCCGCUCUUCUAUUCCUUUUUCAAGUCCCUUGUGGGCAAGGAUGUGGUCGUGGAACUCAAGAAUGACCUGAGCAUCUGUGGGACCCUCCAUUCUGUGGAUCAGUAUCUCAACAUCAAACUAACUGACAUCAGUGUCACAGACCCUGAGAAAUACCCUCACAUGUUAUCAGUGAAGAACUGCUUCAUCCGGGGCUCAGUGGUCCGCUAUGUGCAGUUGCCUGCAGAUGAGGUGGACACGCAGCUGCUACAGGACGCAGCGAGGAAGGAGGCCCUGCAGCAGAAACAGUGACGAUUCCUCCACUCCCUCCCCUCUUCCAGCCCAGGACCCCUCCUUCGUACUUGAGAUGUUGUUUAUUGUUUUUCAAUAGUGAAGGCGCUUUUUUUUUUUUGCUUUUUUUUUUCUAAGGGGAUAAGUAGACUAGAGGACUAACCAUGGUGGGAGCAGCUCUCCUCAGUGAGAAGGAAGAUGAGCUGUCUGGGGAACUGCAGUGUUCCUGGUCCCCAGCACCUGCCUUCCUUACUCCUUCCCCAGAGAUGGUGGGAGAAUCUCCAUCUCUCCAGGGCAGCAUGUGAUUCAUUUUGGGGGUGGAAGGAACCUGUCCCGCAUCGGGAAUAAAUGUGUGGUGCA